AUGUCUAUGCAAGGCAAGGUAAUCGCCAUCAGCGGAGGUGCUUCAGGAAUAGGUCUCGCCACAGCUAAGCUUCUAAGCUCACGCGGUGCAAAAGUUAUGAUCGGAGACAUAGACUGGGAUGCACUCAAGAGCGCCUCGGAGUUUUUCAAGUCGAACAAUCGGUCUUACAAUUGCAGGCACCUGGAUGUUUCAGAUCGCGAAUCCGUUCAAGAUUGGAUUGAUGAAAUAUUGAUGUUUUUUGGAAGACUUGACGGUGCUGCGAAUUGCGCGGGGAUCAUUGGUAAACAUCAUGGAAUAAAGAACAUUCAAGACAUGGAGGACGAAGAGUGGAACAAAAUCAUUGCGGUUAAUUUGACCGGAAUGAUGUAUUGCUUGAGGGCAGAAUUGGGUGCGAUUGUAGAUGGCGGAAGCAUUGUCAAUGUGGCAUCGAUACAAGGAACACAAGGUUUUGCAGGAAGUGGUGCAUAUGUCGCCAGCAAACAUGGAGUUAUUGGCCUCACUCGUUCUGCCGCCAAGGAAGUCGGCGAUAGGAAUAUUCGAGUAAAUGCAGUAGCACCUGGUUCGAUCGAGACACCUUUGUUGAAUCAAGCUCGAGAGAUCAAGACGACUGUAGGUACCAGUGAUCCUACUGUCAUCAAGCGAACUGGUACUGCGGAAGAAAUUGCGGCGAUCAUUGCGUUCUUAUUGAGUGAGGAAAGCUCUUUUGUCACGGGUGCAGUUUAUGCUGGAGAUGGUGGAUGGGGUGCUUGA